AUGUGGAAUCCAGCCAUCGCUGACAUCACGCUGCUGGCGCUGGGCACAUGUGCGCCUCAGAUCUCCCUCGCAGUCAUUGACGCCGUCAGGCGACUGGGCAAGACUGGCGGACAGGACCUAGGAGCGGGCACCAUCAUAGGCGGUGCAGCCUUCAACAUCUUCCCCAUCCUGGCUGUCUGUGUGCUCGUGCCUCCUACCGGCACCCUCAAGCGCAUUUCAGACGUGGGGCUCUUUCUGGUCGAGUUCCUCUGGUCGCUCUGGGCCUACGUGUGGCUCUACAUCGUGCUACAGGUGUGGACGCCAGGCGAGGUGACAAUAGCAGAGGCAGUGAUAACAGUGCUGCAGCUGCCGCUUCUCAUGCUUCAUGCAUACGCCCAGGAGCAGCGCUGGCCUUUCAUAUCCCUGCCGCUCACACCACCCACCAGCCAACCUCUCACUGCUUCCUCCGAAGCCGUUGCUGCGACAGCAGGAGCUGCUAGCUCAGCAAUGCAGGAGGGUGCUCAAAGGGCAACUGUACGAAGUGCUUCCUUUAAAGAGAAUGCUAUGGCAGGCGGGGUCGUUGCAGGCAGCGGUGCGGCAGUACCUGGCCUGCUUGGAGAUUUAUCUCCAGGAGUUGCCUCUGGUCCUGCUAUGGAGGGCCAUGCAGCACUGGGCGAUUUUUCCACUCCGAGCAGCAGCAGGAGGAGGCGGAGGAGCAGUGAACGCGAGCGCAGCAGCAGACGCAGCAGUGGUGGUGGUGGUGGUGAAGGGGGCAUGGGGAGAGGUAGCAGUCGCAGGCACAGCCUAUCAUCUCAGGCGGAGGACAGGGAGUGGGACGAUGUGGAGGAGGAUGAGGAGGUGGGGAGGGGAAGGCGCAACUCUGGGCAGGGGUUUCAGCAGGGGGAUGUGGAGGCACUGCCUCAACCAGAUAGCCUUGCCCAGCUCAUCGCCUCUAGGCAUUCACAUGGGAGCGAUGGCAGCAGCAGCAGCGGUGGGACGAAGGGGGUGUCAUUGGGCAUGCGGUGGAGGCAGCAGAUCGUGCUCUCCAUGAUGCUACACCCAUCGGAUUAUAAUGCUCUCACAGCACAAAGCAGCAUGCACCCCUCACAUGAGCAACCAGCAGCGCAAAAAGCCCGGCCAGUGGCAGCGAGGGUGCGGCGGGUGGUGGUGCACGCGGUGUGCUUCCUGUGGAAGGCGCUGUGUGCGCUGCUCAUCCCCCCGCCUGACGCCCUGCACGGCUACCCCGCCUUCAUCACCAGCAUCCUCGUCAUCACCCUCAUCGCUGCCCUCGUUGUCGAGCUCGCCUCUCUCUUCGGCUGCGUCACAGGGGUGAACUCGUUCGUGGUAUCCAUCACGCUGCUGGCGACGGGCACGUCCAUCCCGGACCUCAUAGCCAGUGUGGUGGCAGCAGACCACCUGCCCACUGCUGACUCCGCCAUCGCCAACAUCAACGCCAGAGGUUAG